AUGCUAGUCUGCCCGGACGCAGAACGAGGCUCGCACCGGAUACCUACAUCUCGUUCUAUUGAGCCAAGUGUGUCGCGACCUGCCCCAACACAUUCGAGACCGUCCCUCGCGCAACAUCGUCGGCCGUCGUGGAGCCGCUGGAGCUUGAGCCUCGGAGCGCGACGCUUCGGGGUCGGGUUCGGCGGGGGCUUCUUCGCUGCACAACCACCAACCGUUGACCAGAGGCCGCCCUCUUCGCGGCUUUGGAACCCAAUCAACUAUACACCGCGCGAACCGAAUCUUCCCAAUAAACUUAUCCAGCAUCCGCAGCUAGCAGGCGACGGCAGUGAAGAGCCAGAGCGACACGCACCCCCCGGGACUGACAUCAAAGAUUCCAUACCUCUUCUGACACUUCCUGAGAAGCGCCGCAGCAGACAGAGCGCGACUUCGCUGGCGGUGGAAGUUCCCAGUGGAAGAACGAGCAUUGGGUUACCGCGGGAUAGAGAAAGCGACAGUCAGCGGGACAGGAGAUCGCGGUCAAAAUCACCAUUCGUGCCAGAAGAGCUCCACGAACAUUUGGAGGAAUUAGAACAAAAGUAUCCCAGAAGCGGAGCCAUACACUUCAACAACGAAUUCGACAUGAGCGGCGCUUUAGAUACUGGUCCCAGCGUUGGCGCAAGUGGGAGUAUUGCGCCGCAAACCGGAACAGAAUCUGGAAAUGAAAACCCUCCAGCUCAGGUCAACCAUUACCCGUUCCCUAUUGGCGGCAGCACAAAUACAAACAACACCGACAGAGAUCUAGAACAUGGACUCCCGAGCCCUCGAAAUAAGCUUCAUCCAUACGGCCGGGCGCCAAUCCCGCCGUCAAUAGCUACGAGCCGCUCACAAUCAUCGUUACGGGCACCUUCUGUGCGGAAUCAUCACGGAGCCGGCCGUGGACCUGGCUCAGACCAUGGAGAUGGACACAUAAUACGGCCGGAUACCAGCUAUGGCGAUUCAGCCAGCCACGUUGGCUCAGCAGCCGGCGCUGGCGGGGACGAAUACGCAUGGGGCCCGUCACAUCCCUGUUUCCCCCAUAUGAAUGCACACGUGCCCCUCACCUCACCAUUAUAUUCCAGCACGCGGAUCAUUCGGAUAAAACGUGACUGGAUGAUAGAAGGUGACUUGGCGCCAACAUAUUCCAAUUUAUAUCCCGAAAUUCUUGACCCCUUAAUACCUGAGGGCGAAUUCCGGAUGAUCAUUCGCAAAUUGAACGACGACUUGAUCGACGCGUUCAACCCGUUUAGUUUCUGGAAUACCCUCGACGGUAUCAUUAGUCUCUUGACUUUUUGGCUGUGGGAGGACUUUGGAUUUGCCAGAAUCAAGCGCAGAUUAGCAGCGCUCGAAAGGUGGAUUGAGGCAUGGAAUCGAGACGUCGGUGCCAAAGAGGGAGUUCGGAUUAUUUCCCUAAGAAGAACAGGCUAUCUGACUCUGGACAUUCAAAUUCCCGAUCCCCACAUCGGGCUUGCUGCAUCAGAAACCGCGCCAUCACGACCCACAACUCGUCAUUCGUCCGCACCAGGUGUCUCCAAUCCCAGCGCUCGCCAACAAUACGCCGCUGCUCCGUCGCAGUAUUCGUAUACCAACGGCCGUACGGCGUCAAUCUCCGAGUCUGCGGCUUAA